CGUCCGAUGGCGGAUGCUGACAACACAGAAAUAGACUGACCUGAAAUCCUGUUGAAUCCCCUGUAUUUAAUAAGAACAUAUUCAAACUUUCUUUUAUUUGAAUUGCACACAUCUUUAUACAUCUAACCAUGAUGUAUGGUCAAGAAGAUGAGAUGGUGUAUGAGGCGGAGGAUGAAAGUGAUGAGAUCACUACGGACUUGUGGCAGGAGGCCUGCUGGAUCGUCAUCUCUGCAUACUUCGAUGAAAAGGGUCUCGUCAGGCAGCAGCUAGAUUCGUUUGACGAGUUUAUUCAGAUGUCCGUACAGAGGAUUGUGGAGGAUACGCCACAGAUUGAACUGAUAGCUGAGGCCCAACACAAAGCUGGUGUUGUUGAAUCACCGCCCCAAUACCUGUUGAAGUUUGAGCAGAUCUAUCUGUCCAAGCCUACUCACUGGGAAAAGGAUGGAGCGCCCAGUCCCAUGAUGCCGAAUGAGGCUAGACUGAGGAAUCUCACGUAUUCUGCCCCUCUGUAUGUGGACAUCACCAAGACAGUUGUGAAGCCAGAUGAAGACCCUGUGGAGACCCAGCACCAGAAAACUUUCAUUGGCAAGAUCCCUAUCAUGCUGCGGUCCACCUACUGCCUGCUCAGUGGACUAACAGAUCGUGACUUGACAGAGUUGAAUGAAUGUCCCCUCGACCCCGGCGGAUAUUUCAUCAUCAAUGGCUCAGAGAAAGUGCUUAUUGCCCAGGAAAAGAUGGCCACCAAUACUGUGUAUGUGUUCAGGCAGAAAGACUCCAAGUAUGCCUUCAAGACAGAGAUCCGUUCCUGCCUGGAACACUCGUCACGUCCCACCAGUACAUUGUGGGUCAACAUGAUGGCCAGAGGCGGGCAGGGAGCCAAGAAGAGUGCUAUUGGUCAGCGUAUCAUUUCCAUCCUACCAUAUAUCAAGCAAGAAAUUCCCAUCAUUGUGGUAUUCCGAGCCCUUGGCUUCGUGUCAGAUCGAGACAUCUUGGAACAUAUCAUCUACGACUUUGACGACCCUGAGAUGAUGGAAAUGGUGAAACCCUCGUUGGACGAAGCAUUUGUGAUACAAGAACAGAACGUGGCGUUGAACUUUAUCGGAGCUCGUGGAGCACGACCUGGUGUUACCAAGGAGAAGAGAAUCAAGUACGCUCGUGAAAUUCUACAGAAGGAGAUGUUACCUCAUGUGGGUGUCAGCGACUUCUGUGAGACGAAAAAGGCAUACUUCCUUGGGUACAUGGUCCAUCGAUUGCUGCUGGCUGCCCUGGGAAGGAGGGAGGAAGAUGACAGAGAUCACUACGGCAAUAAGAGGCUGGACCUCGCUGGACCUCUACUGGCCUUCCUCUUUAGGGGGUUGUUCCGUAACCUGAUGAAAGAGGUGCGGAUGUACGCACAAAAGUUCAUUGACCGCGGAAAGGACUUCAACCUCGAACUAGCCAUUAAAACAAGGAUUAUCACAGACGGCCUGAAGUACUCUCUUGCCACAGGCAACUGGGGAGACCAGAAGAAAGCUCACCAGGCCCGGGCUGGCGUAUCACAGGUGUUGAACAGGCUCACAUUUGCUUCUACAUUGUCUCACUUGCGGCGACUCAACUCCCCGAUUGGACGUGACGGUAAGCUGGCCAGACCCCGACAGCUCCACAACACACAGUGGGGCAUGAUAUGUCCUGCUGAGACACCAGAGGGAGGUGCUGUUGGCCUGGUGAAGAACCUUGCCCUCAUGUCCUACAUCUCAGUGGGAUCCCAGCCAUCCCCCAUCCUGGAGUUCCUGGAGGAGUGGAGCAUGGAAAACCUGGAGGAGGUGGCACCCUCGUCCAUAGCAGAUGCGACGAAGAUCUUUGUGAAUGGGUGCUGGGUUGGCAUCCACAGAGAUGCGGACCAGCUCAUGUCAACGCUGAGAAAACUCCGUAGAGAGAUGGACAUCAUUGUAUCGGAGGUAUCGAUGAUUCGGGAUAUACGUGACCGAGAAAUCCGUAUCUACACUGACGCGGGCCGUAUCUGCCGACCCCUGCUUAUCGUGGAGAACCAGAAACUUCUUCUUAAACAGAGCCAUAUUAAACAGCUUAAACAGAGGGAAUAUAACAACUACAGUUGGCAGGAUCUGGUCGCUAGCGGAGUGGUUGAGUAUAUCGACCCCCUGGAGGAGGAGUCCAUCAUGUUAGCCAUGACCCCCAACGAGCUGAACAAUGAGGAGGUGCAGUACUGCUCCACAUACACGCACUGUGAGGUCCACCCUGCCAUGAUUCUGGGUGUCUGUGCUUCCAUCAUACCAUUCCCUGAUCACAACCAGUCUCCUCGUAACACAUACCAGUCUGCUAUGGGUAAGCAGGCCAUGGGCGUGUACAUCACUAAUUUCCACGUGCGUAUGGACACCCUGGCUCAUGGACUCCUGUACCCCCAGAAACCCCUCGUCACCACACGAUCCAUGGAGUAUCUACGUUUCCGGGAACUGCCCGCUGGAAUCAACUCCAUUGUGGCCAUUGCUACAUACUCCGGCUACAACCAGGAAGAUUCUGUCAUCCUGAAUCAGUCUGCUGUUGAGAGAGGAUACUUCAGGUCGUUUUUCUUCCGUUCAUACAAGGAUUCAGAGUCGAAGAAAGGUCUGGACCAGGAGGAGAUAUUUGAGAAACCAACAAGGGAAACUGUGCAAGGAAUGCGACCUGCUAUCUAUGACAAGCUGGAUGAAGAUGGUAUUAUAGCCCCUGGGGUGAGAGUGUCCGGAGACGAUGUCCUGAUCGGGAAAACUCUUACACUUCCGAAGAAUGAGGACGAGCUGGAGGGCUCAGCACAGAGAUUUUCCAAGAGAGAUGCCAGUGUGUUCAUGAGACGCAGUGAGACGGGAAUCAUUGACCAGGUGAUGGUGACAAUCAACCAAGAAGGUUACAAGUUUUGUAAGAUUCGUGUGCGUACUGUGAAGACGCCGCAGAUUGGGGACAAGUUUGCCUCCAGACACGGACAGAAAGGAACCUGUGGCAUCACGUACAGGCAGGAGGACAUGCCGUUCACAUGCGAGGGAAUCACCCCGGACAUCAUCAUCAACCCCCACGCCAUCCCGUCAAGAAUGACAGUGGGUCAUUUGAUUGAGUGUCUCCAGGGGAAAGUGGCCGCUAACAAGGGCGAGAUCGGAGAUGCCACACCCUUCAAUGAUUCCGUCAAUGUACAAAAGAUCUCAAACCUCUUACACAAGUAUGGUUACCAGCAGAGAGGCAAUGAGGUGCUUUAUAACGGUUUUACCGGUCGUAAGCUAAAUGCCCAGGUAUUCCUUGGACCCACAUACUACCAGCGUCUCAAGCAUAUGGUGGAUGACAAGAUCCACUCGCGGGCACGUGGGCCACUUCAGAUCCUGAACAGGCAGCCCAUGGAGGGAAGAGCCAGGGAUGGUGGGCUGCGUUUUGGAGAGAUGGAGCGUGAUUGUCAGAUUGCCCACGGAGCGGCACAGUUUCUCCGGGAGCGACUGUUCGAGGCAUCAGACCCAUACAGAGUGCACCUGUGUAACAUCUGCGGCCUCAUCGCUAUCGCAAAUCUCCGUAACCAGACCUUUGAGUGCCGUGGAUGCAAGAAUAAGACUCAGGUGUCUCAGAUCCGUAUCCCAUACGCCUGCAAGCUGCUGUUCCAGGAACUCAUGUCAAUGAGCAUCGCACCCAGGAUCAUGGUCAUCUGAAAGCUUACUACCAAAAUCAAGGUCACCUGAACGCAUUACUACCCUAUUCAUGGUUACCUGAAUGCUAAACUGUGAUCUUCGUUGGCACCUGACGGUUCCCAAGCUUGUGCCCAAAAUCAUUGUCGCAACUCUGGCAUGGUGUAUUUUGACAGUGUUGAUAAUCUUGGUGCACGGGACGAAUGACCGUAAUCAGGGUCGUAAGAAGACUGAUUUGCAUGUUUUCAUUUUAUAUGUCAUGUUUGAGUUUUCAAUUGAAAAGUGAAUGGAAAAACUAAAAAAGGACAUGUAAAUAGAAAGAUUUGGAUUGUGCUGUUUAUAACAUGCAGAGUGAUGACUUUUGUCAUUUUGAUUUAAACACACUUAUGCCAAACAUGACAUUGGAACCGUUGUGAAAUAGCAGAGCCUCGUCUUACAUAUUGUACAGUGAAACUGUCUAAGUUCGGUCUCUAUAAAUCAGACAUAAAUUGUGGAGUUUUACUUGCUAAUGAAGUGUGUUGACAUUGGUGAAUGUCCGUUAAAUCAGCAAUCCCAUUAAAAUCAUACUGUGACUCUUUCUGUAUUUCAUUAUGCUGCGUACAUACUCGGGAGAAUAUUCACGAACUAUCUGACAGAAAAUUUGAUGUCGGGAAUCUGACUUUAAUGAGAAUGGUUGACAUCCAUUUCAAGAUUUGGUGCAAAAUCAUCAUAAAUCAUGCCAUUAUUUUACAUAGGAUUAAAAUAUGUACAAAUUGUUUCUCAAGUUGUUGACUUUGUAAAUCGUCACAAUUAUUGGGAAAAUGUUACAAUUUGAGUGAUCUUGAGUGAUCGUGUUCAAUUGUAAGUAUUUAUAGUAAAAAAGAUCUGUAAUUUUGUCAUUUGAUAGUAGUAAUUUAAAAAGUUUUAUUUUCCGAAUCUGGUUUGAGCUUUUUAACUAACUGCGGACAUACAACUUAUGAAUCAUUGUUAAAACUGCUGUGUUUUUCUGUGUAAAUAAAGCAUUACCGUUGAUAAAACUG